UGACCAAUUCCCCGGAUCCUUAAAGCAUGUGCUCCUCUGUCGGACUGGUCGUUGAAGGCAUUCCGCUGGGCAGUGGUCGCCAAUUUUCUCCACGGUUGACCAUGAAAAGGGAAUACAAUACAAAGUGCUUUCGAGCGGAGCGCUAUUGUCACGAGGUGGCCAAUCACUAUAGGGAUUACAAGCUGCAGCAGAAUCACCACCAGCAGCAGCUUGAAUCUGGCUAUGGAUCCGGAUCGUUGGGCCAUCGGCGACGCAGGAGGAUACGCAUGGUGGAAACAUCUCAAGUGUCCGCCUCAUUAACGUCAGGAUAUGCGCAGUUCCGCGAUGUGUGGCCAACCCAUGUGUACUACUUUCCCAGAUCCGACGAUAAUACGUAUGCCUCGCGAGGCCGACGGACAGUGUGCUCCGGUGAGCCGCCCGACGACACCUACAACGUGUCAGUGCGACGCAUAAAAACUGCCCACAGCUGCGAGCAGCUGCGUUACCUGGUCCACCGAAUUCAAUGGAGGAACAAUUGCAGAAGCAGUUAUGAGGCGCAGGUGGCCCCCGCGCCCAGAAGCCAAACCAGCGAAAGCGGCCGUCUCAUCAAUAAGCUAAAUAUUAAUAAGUGCCUCGUGGAAAGCCCACAACAGCAACUGCCAUUAGACAUCUACGGCUAUUUGCAACUGGCCAACAGCUAUUACGAACGGGGGUUGCAGGCCAACAUCAAGUACCUUCAAUCGAUUGGCCAGCGGGAGCGUAAUGCAAUAAGGCCGUCGUCGGGCUUAUUCUUUGAUGCAAGGCAGCGCAGCGAGAUCCCAGUUCAAAAGUUGAGCGGUCGACUGCUUACGCUGCUCAAGAGUUUGCGAGGCAAGGCGGCCAAUGAGCAGGUAGGUUACCCGGGUAUUUGGGUAACCAUAAGGUCGGUCAAGCGAGACGAGCAAACAAAGAAGAAGCAGGAGCUAGAGGAGGAGGACUUUGACUCAGAGGAGCAGGAAGGGGGGCCGUCAGAGCAUCUGGAUAGCAUGUGUGAUUAUUAUGAUCUAGGCUGUACAACUACAGAAUCAGGUGGACUCACAGAAACGUCAGCCGGAGGCGUCGCACUCUCUGCAUCCAGAGCUACACCAGCUACUUCAACGAGCGAAGCUGCUAUAUUUCAAGCUACAUUCACAUCUCCUGAUCAACGACGUAUUUUUGAGAUCAUCGACAAUCUGAGCCACCUCAGCAUUGGCGAUCCCAGUAGACGCAGGCAACAACUAACACUGACCCUUCCCCAAAUUACACUUACCGAUUGCACCGCUCACCAGGUGGCGCUCCAUAGUGCCAGUUUCGACAUUUCCACGCUGCAGAUACCCAACGAAGCCAGACCACCGAAUCUCAAAGUGAAAGCCACGUAGAAUCAAUAUAAAGAGGAACAAUCGGCAAUU